AACUCUUCCCUGCAAAGAGAAGGAAUUAACUGGAGUCAGAGCUGGGUUUGGGGUUAGAUCGAAACGGAGAGAGAGGAGUCUCCUUCUCCAACAGGUAACAGCUUCCGUUUGAUCGAAAAGCAACGAACAAGAUAUGGCAGCGGCCCCUUCGCGAGCUCGGGCCGAUUACGAUUAUCUCAUAAAGCUUCUGUUGAUCGGAGAUAGCGGUGUUGGAAAGAGUUGCCUGCUGUUGCGUUUCUCCGAUGAUUCUUUUACUACUAGUUUCAUUACCACAAUAGGGAUCGACUUCAAGAUUAGGACCAUCGAGCUUGAUGGGAAGCGUAUUAAACUGCAAAUAUGGGAUACAGCUGGUCAAGAACGUUUCCGUACUAUUACCACAGCUUAUUACAGGGGAGCCAUGGGCAUUCUUCUAGUGUAUGAUGUCACGGACGAGUCUUCUUUCAACAACAUUCGGAACUGGAUCCGUAACAUUGAGCAACAUGCAUCUGACAAUGUUAACAAAAUAUUAGUGGGCAACAAGGCAGAUAUGGAUGAGAGUAAGAGGGCUGUGCCGACGUCACGGGGCCAGGCACUAGCUGAUGAAUAUGGCAUUACGUUCUUUGAGACGAGUGCGAAAACAAACUUCAACGUGGAGCAGGUUUUCUUUUCCAUUGCUAGAGACAUAAAGCAAAGGCUUGCUGAGAGUGACUCCAAAGCUGAGCCACAAACAAUCAAGAUCAGUAAGCCAGAUCCAGUUAAGGGUUCUGGCACAGCUCCAGAGAAAUCUGCUUGCUGCAGUACUUGAAGGUUCACGAGUAAGGAUCGACCUGGGUUUUUCACCCGCAUCUGCCAGUCAUAUGACUAGGGAAUUGUAUCGCUGUUGCUGAGGCACCCUGGGUGGCACCUAUAUCACUGUAUUACUGUUUUCUCACCUUGUAUUUUCCCCCUCAGUUUGAUUGUAGAGUCCUUCAAAUGCUUUAUAGGCUUUGGGAGAUGCUUGUCCUGCAGUUAGUGGGUCUCUAUAGUCUUAUUUGGAUUCUUUCUCAUUUAGAUAUGGACAUCUCUCUCCUUUGGUCUGAACUAUCACCGACCAAUCUCUGGUUGGCUGUAUUUCAUUUUCAUUUCCUUAGAAACAAAGUGUGUAUAUUGUACUUCCAUGAUGCAUAUAUUUGCUUGUACUCUCGUUAAUACUUGCUGUUGGUACCAAAAGGGAAGUGCAGGAUCGUGUUCUCAGUA